AUGUCCUCUCGCCAAAAUGCACCGUCUAGACGCAGGAUUGUACGGGAUGUCCCUAUUGUUCGACAAGCAGGACUGAAUAUCGCAGGGCAUUCAUCGACAGAUCAACUCGGGUGUACGUCAGAGACACCAGAGUCAAUGGACACACCGGAAUUACCCCCUCACAUCCAUUAUCACCCCAUUUUCUCGCACGACGGCUACAGCUCGAUGCCGCCUAACUACCAGGAUGAUGUGCCUUUACCAAGGGAAUUGCACCUCACCAGGACAGCACCCCACGCUUCGGGGCCUGACCGAGUCCAUCAAAUGUUUGAACCGUCUCGGUUUCGUAUGGUAUAUACAUACAUGCCUCUUCGCGGUGCAGAGAAAUCCCGCCAAGAAUACACUGAUGGUGUCGUUUAUAGAGAUGUUACGACAGGGAUACAAAAAACGACUGCUCGACGAUUCCACCUCCCUCCGCUUAGACCCCCGAGAGAGUCACUCGCUACAAAUUUGGAGAUCACACCAAUUGCUACUACUAGUACUAGCACCCCUCGAUCCUCUGUAUCAGCCCGUACGGUGCGCGAGCAUGCCCCUGCCACAGUACCUGUGGUCGACAAAGCGCAGUCGAAAAUUAUUGUCAAGGACGCGAAGGAAUAUGUGAUCACUGAAACAUUGAAUACAUGCGGAUUUCACGAUUCCUCCAGUCGCUUAACCGUAGUACGUACCGCGCUCAGCAGUGCAUGUUUGUCUGUCAUCACGGAAGAUCACUCGAUUGAACUAUGGAUCAACGAAAACUUAUCUAUGUUGUACAAGACCGUUAUCACGCCCAUGUCAACGAUACUAAAUCGAUUCAAGCACUGCGCACAGGACCUCGUUGGCAAUCUUUACAGGCUUCAAAUGUCAAUUUGGACAGACCCUGCAGUCCAGGCGAAUCACAAUAAGUCGACUGUUGAUUUCUUCAUCAGCAACAAUAGCCUUAACUACAUAUUUGGUGAUCCGCUUGAAGAUGGUAGAGAGGUCCGGUACCCGUUCGAGCACGAAGGGAUAAUCCAGAUCGCAGACCGUGCCGCCUUUUGUGAUGGCUAUGACAAGUUUAUCUACUCAGACAGUAGCCUUGACAACAUCAUGGCGAUGUCUGCAACGGCUGCAUGUUGCAGCUUGCAGGAGUUUGCCACUGGUGUAUUCAAGCAAAUUGAUUUCACUUACGCUAGUUUUCACGCCAUAUAUACGAAACUCAUCAAUUUCAUUCGUGUUAACAUUAGGAGCAAUCCAGCGUUGUUAGCUAGAUGGAAUAGAUUGUUUCAACUUCUUCGCGCGGGAGCUCGUUGA